AUGGGGACUUGGAAGACAUUUUGGUUGAUCAUCUCCCUUGCAGCUAGUUUGGACUGCAUUAAAUCGCAAAGGAUUGCCUGCAGGGAGGCCUCUGUAGGGGACAUUGUACUUUUGGUGCACACCAGCAUGGACCCCCAGCAUGCCCGCAGCGUGCGGAACUUCUUGUAUGUCUUGGCAAACAGUUUCCAUGUUGGCAGAGAGACCAUCCGUGUGAGUCUGGCCCUGUACAACGAUACACCUGCUUCUGAAUUCCUGCUUUCCACCUACCACCGCAAAGGUGACGUGUUGAGACACAUCCAGCGACUUCAGUUUAAGCCUGGAGGCAACAAGAUGGGCCGGUCCCUGCAGUUCAUUCUAGAGCAUCACUUCCAGGAAGGAGCUGGGAGCCGGGCAAGCCAAGGAGUGCCUCAGAUGGCCCUGGUGCUGAGCAGUGGCCCAGCCGAGGACAACAUCCGCGAACCCGCAGAAGUUCUCAGGAGGGCAGGAGUCUUAAUAUAUGCAGUUGGUGUCAAAUAUGCAGCUCAGGCUGAGCUCAGGGAGAUCGCAAGUAGUCCCAAGGAUAAAUUCACCUUUUUUGUUCCCAGUUUCUCUGGUCUGCCUGGCCUCGUCCAGAAGCUGCGGCAAGAGCUCUGCAGUACUCUAGCAAAGGCGGCUCAACCCACUGAGCACAAGUCUCCAGUCUGCCCAGAAGCCUCCCUGGCUGACAUCGUGUUUUUAGUGGACAGCUCAACUAGUAUUGGACCCCAGAACUUCCAGAAAGUAAAGAAUUUCCUUCACUCGGUUGUCUUGGGGCUUGACAUCAGCAGCCAUCAGGUCCAAGUGGGACUAGUCCAGUAUAGUGACAAUAUCUACCCAGUUUUCCAGCUGAAACAGUCCUCUCAGAAGAGUGUGGUCCUGGAAUGGAUCCGGAAUCUGCCCUACAGCACAGGAGGCACAAAUACGGGAAGUGCCCUAGAGUUCAUCAGGACCAACUACUUGACUGAGAUGAGUGGCAGCCGGGCCAAGGAUGGGGUUCCUCAGAUAGUUAUCCUGGUGACAGACGGGGAGUCAAACGACGAGGUCCGGGAUGCAGCUGACCAGCUGAAAAGAGAUGGCGUCUUUGUGUACGUGGUAGGGAUCAAUGUCCAAGAUGUCCAAGAGUUGCAAAAAAUAGCCAGUGAGCCGUUUGAGAAGUUUCUCUUCAACACGGAAAACUUCAGCAUCUUGCAGGAGUUUGCAGGAAGCCUCCUCCAGGCUCUGUGCUCAGCAGGGGAGAGACAGCUGGAAAAGUCCGCCAAGACCUAUGCAGAUGUAGUCUUUCUUAUUGACAGCUCACAGGACACAUCACAGGCCAGUUUCCAGUGGAUGCAGAACUUCAUUUCUAGAACCAUUGGCGUCCUGGAGGUUGGCAAGGACAAGUACCGGAUUGGGCUGGCUCAGUAUGGUGAUCAAGGUUACACCGAGUUUUUGUUUAAUACCAACAAGACCCGGAAUGAGAUGAUCACACAUAUCCACAAGCAUUUGGUGCUCCGAGGUGGCUCCAGAAGGACGGGCCGAGCCCUUCAGUUUCUUCAUCAGACGUUUUUCCAGGAGGCAGCAGGAAGUCGGUUCUUACAGGGUGUUCCUCAGUAUGCGGUGGUCAUUACCUCAGGCAAAUCUGAGGGUGAGAUCCAAGAUUCCGCACAGAUCCUGAGGAAGAGAGGCAUCGAAAUCAUGUCUGUGGGGGUGCAGGACUCUGACAGGACGGAACUGGAGGAGAUAGGAUCUCUGGUGUUUGUGCCUGACCAGCAGGGAGAAGAUGGAGUCAGACAGCUAAUACAGGAUGUAAAUGUGGUGAUCCAGGGGACUCAAAUGUCUGAGGUCACGACCGAGGCUGCAGAGGGAGCUGCAGAAGAAUGUCCAAUUGCCAUCCCAACUGACUUGGUGUUCCUUGUCGAACAAUUUAGCAUGGCCAGGCAACCCAAUUUCCAACAAGUUAUCCAUUUCCUGAAGACUACUGUCCAAUCUCUCAACAUCCACCCUCAUGCUGUGAGAAUCAGCUUGGUCUUUUACAGUGAGGAACCACGGCUGGAGUUUUCCUUGGACACAUUUCAAAGUGCUGCCCACGUCUUAGACCAUUUGGACAAGUUGACCUUCCAAGGAAGAAGAGGAAGGGCAAAGGCGGGUGCUGCUUUGGAUUUCCUGAAGAAUGAAGUUUUCAUUCCAGAGAAGGGCAGCCGUUCCAAGGAAGGCGUGCAACGGAUAGCCGUGGUCAUCAUGGAAAGUCCCUCUCUAGACAACGUGUCUAUGCCUGCUUCUCGCCUCCGCAGGGCCGGGGUCACCAUCUACGCAGCAGGCAUCCAGCCUGCCUCUGCGAGUAAGGACCUGGAGAAGAUUUCCACAUACCCUCCCUGGAAGCAUGCCAUCCACCUAGAGUCCUUUCUGCAACUUGUCGUUGUGAGAAACAAACUGAGAAACAGGCUCUGCCUUGAGACCGUGAGCAAAUUUUAUUCUCCAGUGAAUUUUAGUCCACAAAGAGCAGAAGGCUGCGUGCAUGUUGAGAAGGCAGACAUUUACUUCCUUAUUGAUGGAUCUGGCAGCAUCAGACCAGAAGACUUCAUUGAAAUGAAGGCGUUCAUGAAGGAAGCGAUCAACAUGUUCCACAUUGGGCCUGACAGAGUCCAAUUUGGAGUCAUUCAGUACUCAGACAAGAUUAUAAGCCAACUUUUCCUCAACCAGUGUGCCAGCACGGCGGAGCUGAGGACAGCCAUCGACGACAUCCAGCAGGGAGGAGGUGGUACCACAACUGGUGAAGCCUUGAGCGAAAUGGCCCUGAUCUUUAAAGGAACCGCCAGAGCCAGUGUUGCCCAGUACCUCAUAGUCAUCACGGAUGGCCAGUCUUCAGACCCGGUGGCUGCAGCUGCACAGGGCUUGAGAGACAUCGGAGUCAACAUUUAUGCCAUUGGAGUAAGGGAUGCUAAUACGACUGAGCUCAAGGAAAUAGCAAACAACAAGAUGUUUUUUGUAUAUGAGUUUGACUCCUUGAAAGACAUUCACCAGGAAGUGAUUCGGGACAUCUGCUCCUCAGAGACCUGUAAGAGCAGGAAAGCUGACAUCAUCUUCUUGAUUGACGGCUCAGAAUCCAUCGCCCCUAAGGACUUUGGGAAGAUGAAGGAAUUCAUGGAGAGGAUGGUGAACCAGUCUAAUGUUGGUGCUGAUGAGAUUCAGAUUGGCCUUUUGCAGUUCAGUUCCGCUCCCCGAGAAGAAUUCAGGCUUAACCAAUACUCCUCAAAGGUGGACAUGCGCAGAGCCAUCUUGGACGUCGAGCAGAUGAACGAUGGUACUCGUACUGGGAAGGCCUUGAAUUUUACUCUGCCUUUUUUUGGCAGAUCAAAAGGAGGGAGACCCGGUAUUCAUCAGUAUUUGAUUGUGAUCACCGAUGGGGUCUCCCAGGAUAAUGUUGUCCCCCCAGCCAAAGCCCUCAGGGACAGAAACAUAAUUAUUUUUGCCAUUGGAGUAGGAGCGGCUCAAAGAACCCAGCUUUUGGAAAUUACUAAUGACCAGAACAAAGUGUACCAUGAGGAAAAUUUUGAGUCCCUGCAGAACCUGGAGAAGGAAAUCCUUUAUGAGGUCUGCAGUUCCCAAGGAUGCAGCAUGGAUCUGUCUGUUGGAAUCGAUCUCUCAACUUCUUCAGAGCGAGCUCAGCAGGACCUUCGAAGGCUGCUGCCGGGGCUGAUGCAGCAGCUGGCUGUGCUUUCUGAUGUCAGCUGUGACACUUCUGGCCAGAUGGACCCCAGGUUCCGCUAUGUGAUUCCAGGCUCCAGCGGACAGCUUGUCUUUGACUCAGGCUUUGAGAAAUACAGUGAUGAAGCCAUCCAGAAGUUCUUGGUGCAUCAGGGUUCUGUGAACAAUCGUAUGGAUGUAGACUUUCUGCAGACCCUGGGAGAGACUGCCAUCCAGCUGUCUCUUGCUACAGUGAAGGUCCUUUUAGUGCUUACUGAUGGACUUGACGAGGAUCUACAGAGACUGAGGAGAACCUCGGAGCUCCUCCGCAGCAGAGGACUCUCUGGACUCCUGCUCAUCGGCCUGGAAGGUGCGCAGAAGGUAGAGGAACUGCAGGAGCUGGAGUUUGGCAGAGGGUUCGCGUACCGGCAGCCUCUGAGCAUUGGUCUGCCGUCCCUCUCAAGCGUCUUACUGAAGCAACUUGACACAAUUGUGGAGAGGACAUGUUGUCAUGUGUAUGCCAAGUGUUAUGGAGAUGACGGGCUCAGAGGUGAUCCUGGGACUCCUGGGAAGAAGGGCGAGAGGGGCUUGGACGGGCUUCCUGGGCAUCCUGGAGAAGAGGGUGACUAUGGACAAAGAGGCCCCCGGGGUCUUCCUGGAUUUCGAGGUGAGGACGGGUGUCCAGGUGUGAGAGGUCUUAAGGGAGCAAGAGGAUUUUCAGGAGAGAAGGGCAGUCCUGGUGAGGAAGGUGCUCGGGGCUUAGAUGGAGAACAGGGUGAUCGUGGAGCCGCAGGGCCGUCUGGAGAGAAAGGGAGCAGAGGCAGCCGGGGUUUGACUGGACUGCCCGGACAAGUUGGACAUCGUGGGGAGCCUGGACUGAGCGGCGAUCCCGGGGAUCCUGGAUUUGAUAAUUUCACCCAAGGCCCCAAGGGAGAGAAGGGAAGGCGUGGACGUCAGGGAAGUGCUGGUUUCCAUGGACCUCUGGGGGAAGCAGGCAGUGCAGGACCUCGGGGGUCACAUGGAAGACAUGGCAUGCCAGGGUUGAAGGGUGCACGUGGAGAUGCUGGUGAACUGGGUUCUCAAGGAGAGCCUGGGUAUCCAGGCACACAGGGACCCAGAGGAAGGCAAGGACCCCCAGGAAUUUUUGGCCAAAAAGGGGACCUGGGUGCCCAGGGGCCUCCUGGGCCUCCAGGACCAAAUGGCUCAAAAGGACGAGCUGGACCCAGAGGAGUGAAGGGAGAGCUUGGCCUUGCAGGAGAGCGAGGCCCACUGGGUCAGCGAGGACCAAGAGGGCAGCCUGGUCUUCUUGGUCAAGAUGGUUAUGGUCAUCCAGGAAGAAAAGGCAAAAAGGGUGAACCUGGAUUCCCUGGCUAUCCUGGUGUGCAAGGAGAAGAUGGUGACCCAGGCCAUGGAGGAGAGAAGGGGGCCAAGGGAAUCCGAGGGAAGAGGGGUAAUUCUGGCUUUCCUGGGUUUGCCGGAAUUCCAGGUGACCAAGGCCCACCAGGAAAAAUGGGUGCCAAGGGCUCAAAAGGUUUGGCGGAUAGGACGCCUUGUGAAAUUGUUGAUUUCAUGCGAGAGAACUGCCCUUGCUCAAAAGGGAUUUCCAGAUGCCCAGCGUUCCCAACAGAAGUGCUCUUUGCCUUGGACAUGUCCAACGAUGUCUCCCAGUCGGCCUUUGAGCGGAUGAGAAACAUUUUAUUAUCUCUGUUGAUGAAGAUGGAAAUGGCCGAGAGUAACUGCCCCAUUGGUGCCCGAGUGGCCAUCGUUUCCUAUAACACGAGGACAGAUUACCUAGUGCGCUUCUCAGACCAUCAGAGUAAAGCUGCCCUACUCGAGGCUGCCAGGAAAAUCCCCCUCGAGUGGUCCUCUGGGUCCCGGAACCUUGGGGCCACCAUGAGGUUUGUGGCGAGACACGCAUUCAAACGUGUGCGCUCAGGCUUUCUGGUAAGGAAGGUGGCCCUGUUCUUCCAGGCUGGUGGGAACUACGACACAGCCUCUGUCAGCACAGCCUUGCUGGAGCUCCACGCAGCGGGCAUUGCCUCAGCAAUUGUAACCUUCACAGAGGAGCACAACCUCCCGGAUGCCUUGCUGGUGGACGGACUUAAUGGAUUUCACUUGUUUACAUGGGAGACCGAGCGCCAGCAGGAUGUGGAGCGCCUGGCCAGCUGUACUCUCUGCUAUGACAAGUGCCGACCAGCCCCAGAAUGUCGGUCGGAUGCUCCCAGGCCGCAGGAGUUGGACAUGGACUUGGUGUUCCUGGUGGACAGCUCCCAGGGCGUCAGCAGGGAUGUAUACCUUGGGGCUUUGCGGCUAGUGGAUUCGGUGCUUAAGGAUCUGGAGGUGGCUGCCCAGCCUGGCACAUCCUGGCAGGGGGCACGUGUAGCCCUGGUGACACACACGACUGCAGGCUUUUGGCCUGGUGUGGACCGAGCCCCUGUGCUUGAAUACUUCCACCUGACCUCCUAUGGGCAUCGGGCAGAGAUGCAAAGGCAGGUUCAGGAGGCUGCCGGUCACCUGCUGCAGGGAGCCCCUGCCCUGGGCCACGCCCUGGAGUGGACGCUGGAGAAAGUGCUUCUGGCAGCCGCUCUGCCACGGAGGUCACAGGUCCUCUUUGCCAUUGUGGCCAGUGAGACAAGCAGCUGGGACAGAGAGAAGCUAAGGACUCUGUCUCAGGCGGCCAAGUGCAAGGGCAUCACAUUGUUUGUGCUGGCUGUGGGCCCAGGAGUGGGAGCCCUGGAGCUUGCUGAACUGGCUGGUGUGGCCAGCCCACCCUCAGAACAGCACCUGCUACGCCUGGAGGGCGUCUCAGAGGAGGAGGUAGCCUAUGCCAGCAGAUUCACGCAGGCCUUCCUGAGCCUUCUAAAAAGUGGAAUAAACCAGUAUCCACCCCCGGAGCUCACUGAGGAGUGUGGAGGCCCAAACCGUGGGGAUACUUUGCUGCAAUUAGAUGCUCCGACCAAGAGGUUGUCCAAGCGCCAUUUUGGCAUAUCUGCCUUUGGUUAUGACCCAGACACUCUCAAAUCACCAGACAUUUUUCUAGAAGAAAAAAGAAAAAUCAAGAUGACAUCUGUAGCUCAGCAAGAAGCAGUGGGGGAUUAUGAAAUGCGCGAGUCGGACGUGGAAGAAAAUAAUCAAGAAGCACCAGCCAAAAAAAGACAUUUGGGCACUGCCCGUGGUGAGACGCCAAACCAUGCCUUCCUUGCUCUCUAA